UACAAACCGAGAACGAUCAUCAAGCUGUGUGGCGCCCCGUUUUCCGGACAAGCGUGAACCCAUUUGUUGCCCCCCCUUGCAAGAUAAGAGAGGGGGAGAGAGAUAUCAUUUUGUGGAGAGAGAGAGAGUCAUUUAUUUAUUUAUGAAGAGAGAGAGAAAAUGGCGUUUGAGGCAGGCCCUAAAGAGAGAUUUUAUUGUUUAGUGGGGUUUGACUGCUCUAGUCCUCACUUUGUUUCCUGGCACCUCAGAGGAAACCCCAACCAGUAGCAUCUUGAAGCCGGGCCUCCUAAGCAAGAAGGCCGUUUCGAUCCAUCUCUCUCUCUCUCUCUCUCUCUCUAAUACCGAAAUGCGCAGAUGUUUUAGCAGUUGCACAGGGCUUCUAAAUAUUUGGAAACCAAAGAAUAUUGUAGAUCUUACCUUUGCAAAAUCUUUCACUGCAUUUAUGUCCACUCGAGACAUGGAAAACCUCAAAAUUGGUGGUAAGGAUCCUUCAGGUGAAAAAAAUAGCAGGGGAGCGGUGGCUAAGAAAGAUAAAACGGGCGGUCCAAAGCCAGGAGCAAAGAUGAAGGAAGUUAAGAAAGAGACUGGCCUCGGCCUUUCUCAUAAGAAGGAUGAAAAUUUUGGGGAGUGGUAUGCUGAGGUGGUUGUUAAGAGUGAAAUGAUAGAGUACUAUGAUGUUUCUGGUUGCUAUAUACUAAGGCCAUGGGCAUAUUCAAUAUGGGACACCCUAAGAGAAUUUUUUGAUGCAGAAUUAAAGCAGUCAGGGGUGAAGAAUUGCUACUUUCCAUUGUUUGUAUCAUCAAAUGUUCUAGAAAAAGAGAAAAAUCACAUCGAAGGUUUUGCCCCAGAGGUCGCAUGGGUUACAAAAUCUGGACAAUCUGAUCUGGAAAUGCCCAUUGCUAUUCGUCCCACAAGCGAGACUGUCAUGUAUCCUUACUUUGCCAAGUGGAUUAGGGGGCACCGUGAACUUCCUCUUAGACUUAAUCAAUGGUGCAAUGUUGUUCGAUGGGAAUUCAGCAACCCCACUCCUUUUAUAAGGAGUCGUGAGUUUCUUUGGCAAGAAGGACACACAGCUUUUGCAACAAAAGAAGAAGCUGAUAGCGAGGUUCUAGAAAUUCUAGAAUUGUAUCGGAGGAUAUAUGAAGAAUAUUUAGCAAUUCCUGUUAUUAAGGGAAAGAAAAGUGAACUUGAGAAGUUCGCCGGCGGACUUUAUACAACUAGUGUGGAGGCUUUCAUACCAAAUACUGGUCGUGGUAUACAAGGUGCUACUUCACACUGUUUGGGUCAAAAUUUUGCAAAGAUGUUCGAAAUAAAUUUUGAGAACGAAAAGGGUGAGAGGGCUAUGGUUUGGCAGAACUCUUGGGCAUACAGUACUCGUGUUAUUGGAGUUAUGGUAAUGACUCAUGGUGAUGACAAAGGCUUAGUUUUACCGCCUCGUGUAGCGCCAGUGCAGAUCAUUGUAAUCCCUGUUCCGUACAAGGAUGCUGACACACAAGCCAUCAUGGAUGCAUGUUCUGAAACUGUAAAUAAUUUGAAUUCAGCUGGUUUCCGGGCGGAGGCAGACACAAGAGACAACUAUUCGCCAGGUUGGAAGUACUCGGAUUGGGAAUUAAAAGGUGUUCCACUGCGUAUUGAAAUUGGUCCAAAAGACAUAGCUAAAAAGCAGGUUCGUAUUGUCCGUCGUGAUAAUUCUGUGAAAAAGGACAUUCCUUCAGAUAAUUUAGUUGAAUCUGUAAGGGAGGUUUUGGAAAGCAUUCAAGAAAGCAUGUUUAAAACUGCGAAGGAGAAAAGAGAUGCUUGCAUUGUUAAGGCAAAGACCUUUGAGGACUUUGCGGCUGCCAUUAAUAACAAGAAAAUGGUCUUGGUGCCAUGGUGCGAUGAGGAGGAAGUUGAGAAGGAGGUGAAAGCAAGAACUAAAGGUGAAACUGGAGCAGCGAAGACCCUUUGUUCCCCAUUUGACCAAGAACCUGUCCCUGAAGGGACCUUGUGCUUUGCAACAGGAAAGCCAGCAAAGAAGUGGACGCUGUGGGGCAGGAGUUACUGAGCAUCUUUGUAUGCCAUUGUUAAAGAAAGGUUUCCAUAUAGUCAACAUUCUUAAUAGAUUUCAAUCCAUGUGCGCGAUUUUGUAGGCAUUCUUUUGCCACUGCCCACUAAUUUUAUGAUGUCUUCUGCCCACCUAAUUAAUUAAUCAUUUCUUGGUAUGAGACAUUCACAAAUUCAUGCAUAUCAUGCACGAGAACGUGUUGGAUUUAGAGUUGUCAUUUGAGGCGUUUUCUUUUGCUAUUGUCACUUAUUUGAUUUCUUAAGUCCUUGGUUACAAUUUUGUUUCCGGUUCUUGUAAAAACACUGAGCAGAUCACCGCAGAUGCCUACUGCUUGAAACUGUAAUUUCCCUGAACUUACCUUUUGAUGACCAAAGUGCUCUGCCUUCUUUUUGGUCAAA